AUGAACAAAGUCCAGUUUCAUAUCCACAUUUCAUUAAACAUUCUUUAUGGUGAGUUUAUGGAGACAUUUGCAAAUCUUGGAAAAGAACCAUAUACAGAGAACUCUGUUUUUUUUUCAGAUACGUGCUGUGAUAUGGUCCCAGUGAAGGAAGUUCAUGGAAGAUACUGCAAACUGAAUCAGAAUUAUCCAAACCGUGUGCUCGGCCAGAGAAGUCCUGGGAUUAAGCCAGAAGCUGAUGAAGCAGUUUUAUAUAGUACAUCCUAUAUGGAGGAACUGGAGAAAUACAGAAUCUCUGUAUGCUGUCAUCCUGCCCUUGAAACAAGAGCAUUCACCAGCACAACCAAGCACUUCUACUUUGGUGUAUAUACAGUUUUUUCAGAACUGGGAAGGGGCCGUUGGUAUUCCUGGUACUUUUGGUUCCUCAUGCUGCUGGUGGCUUUGCUCUGGUUCGGCCGCCUGUAUUUGCAUUAUUGCAGUCAAUGGGUCUUACUUCAAGCUCUCUCAGUUCCUGUUACAAAAUUUCAGUUCUACCUUUACACUGUGGAUCUGUGCUACCAGAACUCUUUGCUACACACUCGGGAAGAAGUGGCCAUGAUUGUGGUGGGACCUUUGACCUUAAAUGCAUUGAUGCUUCUUAUGGUUCUGAUGAGAUGGAGCUGUCAGCUGUUGUUUGGAUCAUUCCCUUCUUACUUGUCAAAACUGAUCAUGGCUUGGGGACUCUGGACAGUGCUAGACCCUUUGGCAGUGUUUCUAGUGGAUGCGGUCCUGGGGCGGCUUUACUACACUCCAGACAAACCAACUGCUGAUUGUGCCAAGCUGUACUGGCUUUUUUUACGGGCAGAAGGAUCUGGCAUUCCUGGUGCAUUGAUAACCAUCUUGCUUUAUGCCAUUCUGUUCAUCAUUUCAUCUACAACUUUGUAUCUAUAUUGUGUCAGAAUACACAGUGAAGGCUGGUUACUGGAUAUGCUCCAAAGAAUUCAAAGUGAUGAAUCCACUUUCUUUAUUCCAUUUGAUCUGGAAAUUUCUAACCAGGAGCUAAGCUACAUUGUGAAAAAAGCAGAACAAUGGAGAGGAAUCAGUGGUGAAAGACGAAAGGUGGUGGUCUAUGACUAUGUUUGGGAAGGCCAUGCCAAGAAGUCCAGCAGUAACUUCCAUCAUCAAGAUGAAAUCAUAAAAUCUGCAGGAAAUCCAGGAGCCAUCACUGUUCACGUGGUAAUAUACACAGUUCACCUCAGUGGCUUCCAGGAAGUUUACAGGCAAUUUCUUAGACUGCCCAGUGGUGCUAUUGUUGAGACAUUCGGUGACAUUAGUGGAAUAAAUUUCGUAUACAAUGAAGUGAGCACAGUCAUUCAGGAGCACGUAAAUGAAAUGGAUAAUACACUAGGAGCUUCUUCAGAGAUCAAGCUAAGGGAGAGGAAGAAGAAUACAGUAAACUAG